AUGCCUAUUGACUUUCAACUCUCUGCAUCUGAGGAUGGCAUCCGAAAACAUGCAGCUACAUUCGCUGCUGGCCCUCUAAAGGAAAUCAAGAAGGUUUACUCCGCGGAGAAAGACGAGCAACAAUUUCAAUCAUUAAAGCCGUUUUAUGCUGAUGCAACAACUGGGGGCAUGAUCAAAGGCUUGAUAGGACCUCAUAUUGGAGGAACAGGUGGCAGCUUAACUGAAGCAACUAUCUUAGUUGAAGAGAUGUAUGCUGUUGACCCCUCCGCAUCUUUGACAAUAUUUGCAACUGGAUUGGGGUUGACACCAUUGAAUUUGGCUGGAAAAGAAGAGCAUAAAGAACUUCUGGAACCAUUUUUGAAUAGCAAAGGGGCACCAUUAGCAAGUUUGGUUUUCUCCGAACCAGGAGGAGUUGCAAACUUUCUGGAGAAGGGUGCUCCGGGGCUCAACACAACGGCCACACUUAAGGGUGAUGAAUGGGUACUUAAUGGAGAAAAGAUGUGGGCUACCAAUUGUGCAGGCUGGGACUUUGAAGGUGCAGACCUUCAAUGUGUAGUCUGCCGUGAUCCAAGUGUUACUUCAGAUGACCCCGCCGACGCAAUCAUGAUACUGCUCGUAAGCAGAGCCGAUAUUGAACGUAAUGAAAAGGGCGCAUUCAAAACACUCAAACAUGUACCAACUGCCGGACACCCUGCUUGCUCUGGCCCACAUAUCAAAUAUACCAACUUAAGAGUUCCUACCAAGAACGUCCUAUGUCCACCAGGUCAAGGUGUUCCUGUGGUAUCUGGAGCAUUCGAUUGUUCUGCUGUUUUGGUCGGGGCGAUGAGUGUUAGUGUUAUGAGAGCUGCUUUCGAGGCAGCUCUAGCAUUUGCCAAAGCCGAUAAUCGUAGAGGGGCAGCAAAUCUGUUAUCAAGACAAGCUUUCGCAGAUCUCCUAAGCGGCAUCAAAAUGAAGGCAGAAGCUUCCAGAGCUUUGACAUGGAAGGCAGCUCAUACUCUUGAGAAUGGACCAGGUGAUUAUAAUGCCAGACGUGAAUUGGCAUUAGCUGCGAAGAUUUAUUGCUCGGAAGAGAGCGUCAAAGCAGUUACAGAGGCCAUCAAUGCUGUUGGAAUAACUGCAUAUAGUACCGAGCAGCCCUUCGCAGCUCUAUUGAACACAGCCAUUGUCUUACCAAUUUUUGACGGUGGCAAUGUAGGUAUUCGUCGACGACAUAUGCAAGAACUGAUGGCAUCAGACUCGUAUGAUCCUUGGGCUUCUUCCUUUGGUCCAUCCAAAGGCGUGAAUUAG